AGAUUUCUCUCAGGCGGAGCUGUUGGGGAGUAAGUUACAUGCACAUGUAAAAUUUGAAAUUAAAUUACACUGUUCUGACCUUAAAUUGAAUGAUUACAAAGGGGCUUACAUCUGAAUAUUUCCACAGGUUUAAUUGAUUUCUUUCCUAGAUCGCAGUGACGGCUCUGUAAUGUGAGACGCCAAUGUUUCAGGAGUUUAGGACACAUGCUUAUUCCAUAACUGUUUUAUUUCCUAUUUGGGUUUAUGUAUAUGCUUUAUUAUUAAUUUAAUAUUUAUUUUUUUAAGACUGACAGUUUUUUUCCCCAAGGCAUUGCUGGAUGCCAGUUUCCUGUCAAAGCUGUAUGCAAAGAUUUGACAGUAUCAUAGCUAUAAAACUGUAUUUAGUCAGAUUUUGUGGUGUCUGUGCUUUAAAAUUUAAUUAUUAUGAUCUUAAUUCAAGUGAUGAAGGAUUCUGAAAGUCUGACAGCAGAAAUCAGUUCUUAUUAUUUACAAAACUCCUGUAAAUAAUAAUAAUAAUAAUAAUAAUAAUAAUAAAUACGGAAAAUGCCUUCAUAUUAAUACAGUGCAUUGUGCCCUAUUUUACGAAUUUUAGUGUGUGUUGAAUUACAUGUGAGGCAGCUGAAUGUAGUCAGAUUGUUACUUUUGAUGUUGUAACAUCUGAAUUAGUAUGUAUCCGGUCUCCUCAAUCCGGAAGCUCUCACAUCAUUUGAAUGUGAACCCUCCAUAUGUCGCUUUGGUGCUUCGACCUUCAACUUUACACCAGCAGAACUUUAAAAUCAAAAAUGUGUGCACAAAUGUGUGCUGGUACAUUGUCGAAAAUUAUUUUUAUUUUAGAUAUGCAAUGUGAAUUGGAGAAAAGUGUUUGUUUCUUAGAAUAAAGGCUAUAUUGUGCCGUUUCCAGAGUCUUGAUAAUGAAACUAGACAGAGCAGCUCAAGCGGGUGUGUGUGUGUAUGCCAUCUUUAACCCCUCAGUCUCUCUCUCUCUCUCACACACACACACACACACACACACACACACACACACACACACACACACACACACACACACACACACACACACACACACACACACACACACACACACACGCACACACACACACACACACACACACACACACACACACUCAAACGCUCUCGUUCAUGUGUUUUUCUGAUGGCAUUGGAGUUUCUCCGAUGGAUCUCCAGGCUCCUGAUGGUCCUGAUCGUCUUUCAAGGUGUGUGUGUGAUGUUUUAUUACACACGCAACACACACUCCUCCAGAGAUGGGAUGACGGACACGCUUCAGCUGCUGCGCUGCGCUAAACUCAGACACAAGUUUUCUAUUAUCAAACCGGCCAAAAGUAUAAACCUGGAGAGUUUCACGCAGGAGCUGUCAGAUUUCUUGAGCUGCCCGUACAAAGCAAACACUACCGAGCGCGAGCUGAACAGAAUCAGGCUGCAGUUUUGCUGUAACGCCACAGGAACAUUACUCCUCACCAAACGAAACACAGCCGUCAAUCAGACCAUCCCGUAUGAGACGAGCACUACAAGCACAUUCACAAUGAAUGACACCCUACACAGCAUGCUGCCUGAGGAUUUCCCCUGGAGCGGUCGUCGUCUGGGUCGGUGUGCUGUGGUCGGCAGCGGUGGGAUUCUGAAGAACAGCAGCUGUGGACGUGAGAUUGACAGCGCAGACUUCGUCAUACGGUUUAAUUUGGCGACAAUUAAUGACAGUGAUGUUGGGCUGAAGACAGAUCUGGUGACCAUCAACCCCAGUCAGAUUCAGAAAGAAUAUGCAAACCUGGAGCAGAAUCCGGAUGCGCUGGUGGAGCGGGUCAGUGUGUACGGAAACGCCUCUCUUGCUAUGCCCGCCUUUGCCUACACCUUCUGCACUGUACUGUCAAUCAGAGCUCUUAACGCCCUCUAUCCAGUCAGACCUCAGCAGCCGGUGGCGUUCUUCAGCCCGUAUUACCUGCAGACACUGGACCGUUUCUGGAAGGGGCGUGGCCUGAAGUCGAUCCGCCUCUCCUCUGGGUUUAUGUUAAUUAACACAGCGCUGGAACUGUGUGAGCAUGUGCAUGUUUACGGAUUCUGGCCAUUUGACACCGACCUGCAGGACAAUCCCGUUCCAUACCAUUAUUACGACUUAAAAAGACCGAGCAAACGCAUGCACAAAAUGCCGGAGGAGUUUGUGCGGCUUCUGCAGCUCCACAGCCAGGGGGCGCUAACACUGCACCUGCAGCCCUGCUCCUCAGACACAAGCUGACAUCUGCAUGCAUAAUAAAAUAUAUUGAAUAUUCAAUUUUUUGUAUUGGGUGCAAUAGAUUGUUAGCAGGCUUUAAUGUUCAAAAAACACAUUAUUUUUCACAUACGUUGCAUUGUUAUAGCUCCUCUUUCUAGCCCCUUCUUUCGAAAAGCUCAGUGUGCUCUGCCAGCAGACCCAGUGCAUUGUGAUUGGCCGAACACCUCAAACAUGUGUCAGAAAUGUAACACUGCUCACCAUAAUUGUGAGCUUCAGCUUCCAAAGCAAUUAUAAAGACAGUUAUUAAUGUCGUCAGUUUGAGCCCGAGUCAGAUUCUAAAAAUGCAAAUGACCAAGCUGAUUGAUUUGAACCAACUUUUCAAGCAUGAAGGUGCACUAAGCAAUUUUUGAAAAACGCUUUUGACCGCAGCGUCGGACCAUGUCCCAAAACACACUUGCAGCCAGUCAGCAGUAAGGGGGCAUGUCUUGUUAUGAUAGAGAGAAGAGAGCACUCAAUUUGAGUGUACAGGAUGGAUAUUAGCAGAUUGACUAUAGAUAGAGAGAACUGGAAGAUAAAAAAGAGUAAAAUAACAGAGGAGAAAAACAUUAAAAAGAAGGGUUACGACCAGGCAAGAGGUGGGACCCGUGUAAAUAUCAGAGCAUCUUUCCAGCGGUGGAGAGAACUCAAGAGCGGGAAGGCCUGGGGUUGCGUUGUUUCUUUUUGAUAGGUGAGUAACCUUGAUUUUGCUUCGUUUCACACAACUUAUUUGUUUUUCUUUUGUUUGAAUAGGCUUGUGUGUCAUUUUUCCAGGAUCGUCGUUGCCAUAGUUGUGUAUGUAUUGUGUACGGUGGAGAUUUCAAAAGAGGGGCAAGGUCCUGUUGAGGUAUGGGUAUGUUUGUUUUGGUGCUUAAAACAUCGUUUGGCAAAAAUCGCUUAGUGCACCUAUAAGCAGAAUGUAUCAGAAUGCUUCAUUAUAGGGUCCAAUUUUGGUGGCCAAUCGAUUUUCACCAAAAUUGGCACAAAUAAUCUUCUGACUGUGCUGGCAAAAAGUUAUCAAAAGAUUUUAGAUAGGCCAAACUGUUCUCAUAAAGCGUGUACAAAUUUGACGAAGACUAUUUUAAAAGAGUACAAAGACAUUUUUAUUGGCCAUAACUUCUAGAGAAAAAUAGAGCCGAAACUGGACUAAGAUGAAUAUGAAAGAGGAUUAGAGCCAAACAAUUCCAAACAAAACCAUCUCGAGGUUAAGGUCAUUAUAAUGCGAGAUUAAACUCGUUAAAUUUCAUGAAAUAAAAUGUUGAGAAAAAAGCUCAUUAUAUUUAGAGAAAAAAUGUCUAAAUAAAAUGCUGAAAAUAAGCCCUGGUGUCAUGUUCAUUUUAUAUAGCUGGACAAAAUAAAACA